AAAAAUGUCUAAAUACAAGUUUUGGCGGCAGAAGUCAUGCUUCAUGUAACAGAGAAGAAAAUAAGUUUUUAAUUAGCUGUAUAUAUUGAAAUGUGCAAAGAUGAUUUACCUAAAUUCUAACUUUAGGUUCUUUGGAAAAUGCAGGGAGUUCAUUCGAAAACACAGAGAUUUCUUCGAAAAGCAUAGAUGGUACUGUUGGCAAGGUUCCAACAAUUAAAUAUAUAUCUGGAGAAAACGACAAGGUGAAAGAUUCUCGAGGUUCUACACCGAAUAUUGUGGACUUGUACGUUGACGGAAGCUCCCAUGAUAGAUCCACAACAGAUGAGAGUAAAAUCAAUAAUACUGAAGAUGUGCAAAAGAAGGUAAACUUAUGGCUGUUAUAUCACCGAUUCAAGGUCCGGGCGUAAACAGUAAAAGCAAUCUCUAUGGAGAACUGCAACUGACAAGAGAACGUCUACAAUUUUCUGGAGACAGUGAAAAUACACCAAAAGAGAAUACAGAGAAUACAUAUAACGAAGGACCGACUGAAAACGGAAGACCACUAUCAAUUGCUGAGAAUCAGAAUAUCGGUGUGAAGGCAUUAACCAAGUUUGGGGAAAACGGUACACAGACACCGAAAAUAAACUGGAUACAGGUUUUCUUACAGCUGGCUAAGUCCUUUCCGCCAACGAAAUGGGAGAUGUUUGCGCUACAUUUACUUACGUCAUAA